GUAACGAAAAUAACAUGGACGCUUCAAUUUGAAGAUCUGUUUGAAUUUUUUAUAAGUGAUCAAAAUAUUGCCUGCAAGAAUUCACCUAUAAGGAAAAUAUAAAGAUAAAAAUUACUUUCCCGGUUCACCGCUCGUUUGUUUUGUCCGAAAUACAUAAGUAAGAAAGCUUUAAAUUUUCACUGUUGUUAGCAUCACAGUUAAUUAAAUAAAAUGCCUGAGACUCUGUUAGGAGAUUCUAUUACUUUAGGAUUAGAAGCCCAAGAUCCAUGGCCUCAACAAAUUACCUUAUAUCAGCCUUAUGAUGUUGAACAGAUAUUAUUACCUGACAAUGCAAAUUGUUUAGCUGUUCAGGCUUUUCUUAGAAUGUGCAAUGUUGAGUUUCAAUUAGAAACCAGGAGCAAUGCAGAGUAUAUGUCUCCUUCCGGGCGUGUACCAUUCAUAAAAUGUGGAGCAUUCAUAAUAUCCGAAUUUGACAAUAUUGUGUCAUUCAUGGGAAAUAAAGGCAUAAGUUUAUCAGAACAUUUGUCCCCAACAUGUAAAUCAGAUAUGAGAGCCUACAUGUCGCUAGUAGAUAAUGUAUUCUUUAAUGCCGAAUUGUAUAUUUGUUGGGUUGAUGAAGCAACUCUAAAUGAAGUGACUAAACCAAGGCACGGUAGCGUCUAUCCUUGGCCCUUGAAUCAUUUUUUAAACUGGCAAAAAAGAAAGGAGGAUAAAAAGCUAAAUGUACUUGGUUGGUAUAAUAAAACUGUGGAAGAAGUAUGUGGUGAAGUCAAAAAUUGUUGUACAAUAUUAUCUGAGAGACUGGAGAAUAACGAAUAUUUCUCUGGGGAAGAGACACCUAAUGAAUUGGAUGCCUUAGUGUUUGGACACAUUUUUACAAUACUCACGACACCUCUACCUGGUAAUAAACUGGCGAGUAUUGUCCGAAGCUAUCCGCUGCUAGUACAUCUCUGUGAACGUAUUGAGACUAGACCAAGCCUGCACUACCCGAAACAGCAUCAGCCGUGCACACCGGUUUCUGAAUAUAAUCACUCACCUGAUAUCCAAAUGCUUGUGGACUAUUAUCAAUAA